ACUGUCUCUCAGGGUGGUGAUAUCACCAACCAGGAUGGGACGGGAGGAAAAUCUAUCUAUGGAGGGAAGUUUGAGGACGAGAGCUUCGAGGUGAGGCACACGGGGCCGGGGCUGCUGUCCAUGGCCAACCGCGGCAGAGACACCAACAGCUCACAGUUCUUCAUCACCCUCAAGAAAGCAGAGCACUUGGACUUCAAGGACGUCGCCUUCGGAUUUGUCAAAGACGGCAUGGAUGUGGUGAGGAGAAUCGGAGAGCUAGGCGCUAAAGAUGGGAAACCCACAAAAACCAUCAACAAUAUCAGUCUGUGUAUAGGUUUUUUGAGAUUUUUUUUUGAGGAUGUUGUACAUAAUGUUUGGUUCUUUGUGUAUCCAAGCUCUUGUUAA